AUGAAUCGAUAUCAAGUUUUUCUAUUUUCAUUAUGUCCAGCAACCUUUGUGAUCGGAAAUCUCAUAUCGUAUUGGACAGAGGAGCUACAAGUUGACAAAGAUAACUGGGUGAAUACCUGGUUCAUCAAGCAAGGUUGGUUUUGGACCAGCUUAAUUGGUUGGUGGUGUGUCGUAAGAUAUGGUGGUUUCGGACGAUAUGGGACUUGGAAAAAAACCCUCGCAAGGUAUGCCGUUCUCACAAUCUGGUGGUAUCUAUUCACGCAAUCAGUGUGGUCGGGAAUUGCACCAAUAAUGGAUUUGGUUUUUAUGCUCAGCGGCGGCCGUUGUAACUUCGACAUAUUUGAUCCAAGUGAACCCGGAAGUUGGAAACUCAAUGAGAAAUACCACGAUACUGCUACCAGGCGUCAAAAAUCAUUGACGAAACUCUAUCGUGUCUUGAAGCAGGUCGCCAAUGACCCUUCAUCUAGCCUUACGAACAUCGUAUCGCAACUAGAAGGAUGGCUCGUAGAAGGGACCACUCAAUUAUUAGACACCGACAUCACACCAGCACAGGUCAAUGAAUAUAUUGACGACUUUCUGCACACCUGGCAAAAAAUUAACUCGUCGUAUAUAUGCAGGUCACUUGGCGGGUAUUGGACAGGAGGCCACGAUCCCAGCGGUCAUAUUUUUCUCAUAACUUUAAUGUGCAUGUUUCUGUUGGGCGAACUACAGGUUGUAGGGAGAAGAGCUUGGCGGAAGCUUUCCAGCAGUAGACCCUAUCUGAAAAUCCUACGCAUCCAUUUAAUAAAGAUAUUCACUACAGGUGGCAUCUUGAACUUUCUGAGAAAUCCAUUCUUCACCAGAGAAUUACUGAUGGAAUGUUUUAUCUUUCCGCCGUUUACUUGCGUCAAGGAAUUGGCGAUUAUAUCAGCUGUGACUCUAAAAUUCAUCAUUUGGGACAAUCCUGUCAUUAUCCUGACUUCACUGGUCGUAAUGUGGUGGUCAAGCUUUUUGUUGACCACACUUGCGUUUCAUACAAUAAGUGAACAGAUAAGUGGUUUGAUUUGUGCUUACAUUGUCGCAGGUCUUGUAUACUGGAAGUUAAAGUAA